AUCAGAGUAGAGAAGGAUUCCUGGAUUGAUUUUGUGACUUGUUGGCUUUUGGUUAACGCUUCAUUAUCUUAAUUUAAUUUCUUAAUAAGUAAAUGAUUUUUGGCAUGCUGGAAAUUUGGUAAUGAAAAGUCAUGAUGAUGUGUUUUAGGACUUAAUUUUGGUGCACAAUUAGUGUUCCUACCAUUACUCGGUGAUACCCAAAAAAAAAAUAAAGCCCACUUGCGUUUAUCCCCCAAAAAAAUAAAUAAAUAAAAAGAAGCACGUACGUACUCUCUCUAUAAAAACCCAUGCAAUAUGGCAGGAAGAACCAGAACACCAAAAAACCCUCCUCCAAUUAAUUAUGGCAAUGAUGCGAUUAGGCACUUUUCUCUUUUUUGUGGUGCUACUCUUUGACUCUGCAUUCACAGAUACAGAUCUACAACUACACCCCAGUUGUGAUACCCUCCAAGAUAGGAGAAAUUUCGAUGUUCUCGAACCAGAGUUCAUAUUUGGGACAGCCUCAGCAACUUACCAGUGCGCUGGUGCUGUACAAACCGAUGGUAGAGGACCAAGUAUAUGGGAUAACUACACCCACAGCCAUCCAGAAAGAAUCAAGGAUGGCAGUAAUGGAGAUAUCGCUGUUGAUCAAUAUCACCAAUACAAGGGUGAUGUGGCGAUAAUGAAAAAUAUAUCGGUGGAUGCUUAUAGAAUGUCUAUAGCAUGGUCAAGAGUGUUGCCAAAUGGAACGCUAAGUGGGGGCGUGAAUAUGGAUGGGAUCAACUAUUACAACAGUUUCAUCAAUGAACUCAUAAGUAGCGGCCUAAAACCAUUUGUGACAAUCUUCCAUUGGGAUCUUCCCCAAGCUUUGAAUGACGAAUAUGGUGGUUUCUUAAGCCCUAAAAUUGUUGACCAUUUUAGAGCAUUUGCAAAACUUUGUUUUGAGAACUUUGGCGAUCGAGUAAAACACUGGGUCACAUUGAAUGAGCCAUUUACCGUCAGUAACCAUGGCUAUGCAGUCGGGUGCCAUGCACCGGGACGAUGCUCUGCUUGGCAAAACUUAAACUGCACCGGUGGAGAUUCAGGCAUUGAACCAUAUUUGGUGACACACCACCAACUCCUUGCACAUGCAGCUGCUGUAAAAUUGUAUAGAGACGAAUAUCAGGCAAAUCAUGAUGGCUCGAUAGGAAUAACAUUGGUGUCGCAUUGGUUUAAGCCCGCUUCAAAUUUAAGAAAAGAUAAAUUGGCUGCACAUCGAUCUUUGGAUUUUAUGUUCGGAUGGUUUAUGGACCCAGUGACAUACGGUGACUAUCCGCUUAGCAUGAGGUCAAUUGUUGGAAAACGAUUACCAAAAUUCACGGUUGAAGAAUCUAAGUUACUAGAAGGGUCAUAUGAUUUUAUUGGAUUAAAUUACUAUUCUGCUAGAUAUGCAAGUCAUCAACGUCGCGUUUCUUAUGCACAUAAAAGCUACUUAACAGAUCCUCAAGUUAAUGUUACAACUGAGCGUAAUGGGGUCCCUAUUGGUCGGCAGGCUGCUUCAGAUUGGUUAUAUGUUUAUCCAAAAGGACUUUACGAUCUUGUACUCUACACACAAAAAAAGUACAAUGAUCCAAUCAUUUACAUUACUGAGAACGGCGUUGAUGAGUUCAAUGAUCCCAAAUUACCACUUGAGCAAGCCCUUAAUGAUACUGAUAGAAUUGACUAUUACUAUAGUCACCUUUGUUACCUUCACGCAGCCAUGAGAAAAGGUGCUAAGGUGAAAGGAUAUUUCGCAUGGUCAUUGAUAGACAACUUUGAAUGGAAUGAUGGAUACACGGUUCGUUUUGGUCUCAUCUAUGUGGAUUACAGUGAUAAUCUAAAAAGGCAUCUAAAACGCUCAGCGGAGUGGUUCAAAAAUUUCCUCAAGAAAUAUCUUUGAAAAAAGUACAAAAGUGAUGAAUAUUUGUAGACAAUAAUGAUGGGAUACGAAAAGUUUGAAUUCCAAAUGUUUAAAGUACACCAGCUCCCCUGGAGUCCAAGAAUAAGUUGUAGCAACUCAUUAUGAGUUUGUGGUGAGGGGUAUACGCUCUUCCUGUAUUUUAUUGGCCAUAGUGGUCAUUUGUAUCUAAAUAAUAAAUGCAAUUUCCUCUUGAUAAUGAUGAAUAAAAUGAAAAAUUAAAAUAUGAAAAAGAGUUAUCUA